CACCACUGCCCACAACACAGCCCUACCAUCACCUGUCAUAUGGAGGUUGAGUUCGAGGCAGACAUCCUCUUGGAUGAAGAGUCCAACGAUUCACACCAUGAGUGUGAAGAGCCCAACGACUACGACAAUCAAAAGCUGUUCCACUUCUUUGAGUCGUAUCUCAACAAAUCCGUCAAUGAGUCCGAAGGUGAAGAAGAGCCCGAUCUCGAGGUGAACGAUAAGUUCCGCGAGUUUGUGGUCAACAGAGCCGCCAAAACACCGCAAACCAAUCGCUCCGUUCGUCACAUCUCUUGUUUGGCGGACAUUGAGAACCAGAAGUCAAUCCUAAGACAUAACACACCUAAUCGGAGAUCAGAUGAAUCUUUGGAAGAAUCCAUGAGUGAUGUAACGCUUCCCUGGAAUCUGAUUGAUAUGCCAGAGAAAGAAGCGAUUGAUUUGAUGAACACUUUAGGAGAAGAUAUAGAGAAUAAAGAGACGACUUAUCCACAGAUGAUCGCCAAUCAGAUGAGAGACAACUUCUCGAAACAAAUGGAUUUGUUGAGUGGUGUGAUGCUCGACAUGGAAAACACUUUCACUAAUAGUUUGCAAGAAAUUAGUGUCAAAUCAGCUGAAGAAAGGGUUGCUUUCAAUGAAUUAAUUGAUAAGGAGUUGAAAGAACUGAAUUGCAAAACUAAAUUACUAUCGAAAUUGAAGUUUGAUUUGAAUGUCAUUCGAGAGACCUGA